AUGGGGGGUUCACGCCCCAACCUGCCCUCUGCACCUCAACCAACCCGAGUGUAUUUCGACCCUUUCAACUCCUCUUCCACGGGACACCAACGAGCCGAAAAUCGACUUUCGGGGAGCACGUCGUGGCGCGACUCGCGGUCGUACAAGCUCGGCCACCAGUUUCGGGACUCGAGUGGACGAGGUGGCGAACAGCACCUCUCUGACCUCGUCGGUGCAGGGAGCGAAAACUUUGGCAAAGACGGGAGAAAAGAGAACGGGGACUGGGAACCCGGUGCUCCUGGACUCCGGGAACGAGGAUGGCAAGACAUCCGCGGGCUUCUGGGAGACAGUCGGAAACGACGCAACAAGAGCAUAGAAGACGACAUAGGACAGGAAGACGGUCCUGUGCCACAGCCAAAGAGGCCCCGGACGCCAAAGCCUCACGGAAACUGCGAGAAGCCAUGUCGAAACCUGGAGGACUCAACAAUAGAUGACCAUCAUCAUGCGGAUGACGAUGAUGAUGAUGGCGUCCGGAACGACGCGCCACGCCCUACAGCCGCGAAGCGGAUAAGCCGUGGAAAGAGCGAAGAAUCGUCUCUCGUACAGACACCGCAGAUCUUCCGCAACCUCAACAUGUACCUGAACGGCUCGACGGCGCCGUUGGUCUCGGAUCACAAACUCAAGCAAAUCUUCUCGCGGCACGGAGGGAACACGUCGAUAGCGCUUGGGCGCAGGACGGUCACACAUGUCAUUAUUGGCGCCGACUGUGGAGGUGGACUGGCUGCGGGCAAGAUACAAAAGGAGGCGACGCUCGUCGGGGGCAAGGGCAUCAAAUACGUCACGGCGCAGUGGGUGCUUGACAGCGUCGAGAAAGGUAUAAGACAGCCUGAGGCGAGGUAUGCACCGAAGAACCUUGAGGGAAAGAUAGGGGGUAGCGGGCAAGGCAGCGUCAGGAACAUGUUUCUCAAGAGAGGGGCGAAGUGA